UUGGUGGAUAGAGUUGCCUGGUACCUGUUGCUGGGGGAGCUGACAGGUACCCUGUGGAAUCAAUUGAGGACCUCACGGUUAUAAAAAAAAUUUAAAAACUAUUUCACCCAGUUGUAAAAAAAUCAGUUAAUUUUCUGAUGCUUAUUAUUGUAAUACGUGAUGCACCUAUGUUUCACCCUUUACGAUCCUUUCUAUUCAUGGACAACAAAAUUUAGAAAUAACUUGAGUAAAUCUUGGGUGGACUGAGCCCCUGUUGAAGUUAACUAUCUUGGUCUUCAUUCCCUUGGCUUGGGUUUCACUCAAAGUUGAAGUUGGACUCACGUACUUUGGAAUGACUUGUAAAAGUAAACAUAUAUAAAACUCAUGAUUAGAGUUUGAGUUGCUUGAGUUCAUGAUGGAUUAAGAAUAUGGGUGAAUUAUAUGUAGAUCAUGAGUUAAGGCUUGACUCAUGGUAUAAGAUUCCGAGUAUUUUGAAUUUGCAUGCAAGAUUUGAGGAGUUUAUGACCCCCACCUUCUCUACCUCCCAAGGUAGGGGUAAGGUCUGCUUACACUCUACCCUUCUCAGACCCCACUCGUGGGAUUACACUGGGUAUGUUGUUGAAUUAGUGUAGUUUAUGAAUCCUAACAGAUAUGGGUAUUAAGGAUUCUACAAUAGUUGGUUGAUAGCUAUAGAUGAGUUUCGUUACAGAUUUACAGUCACAUAGGAUUUGAACCAAUAAACUGGUAGCAGGUAUUGUGAAUCCUAUGGUAUACAUACUAGAUAAACUUUUUGAGUUUUAUUGGUUGUUAAUCCUUAGAUAUGUAUUGUCUCCAUAAUUUGAUGAAGGAGUUGAGAUCGAGUAAAUUGGAUGACAUAAAAUAAGUGAUAACCUAACAUAUAGGACUAGCUUUCAUUAAAAUUGCAUUUUCGACAUAAUCAUAAGCUUAAGAAAAGGUUGAGAAUUUCAAGUAUCCUUGCUUAGGACAAAUGCUUGAGUAUAAAUGAAAUGAUAACCAUGUUUGAGUAUAUUACUUUAUGCUGUUUCAAAAUAUGCUGGCUAUGAGUGUGUUUCAACAAAUUAAGAGUACGAUUUAAUAUCAAGCUAGUAUAUGCUUUACUUAACUGGAUAGUAUGGAUUAAUAACAACUUUGAGUGAAAAACGUGGUAGGAAUAUAUGUGCAUAAGAACCAAAUUCCUGUCCUACUGCUCAAUGAACAAACAAAAGCCAGUUAUUCUUCAACAGUAAAAGGAUCCUUUUUAGCUGUAUAUUAGACAUACUCAAACAAAAUUGCUGGCCUGCACCAUAUGCUAACCUUCUCGGGGACAUUUCCAGUUUUCUUGCUUGAAAAAAGAAAUCUCUUCCAUGAGAGACAUCAAAGUUCUCCGCACUGCUUUUGGAAUUUUAGGAAAUGUUUUUGGUGUAUUACUCUUCAUGUCGCCGAUGAUUACAUUCAAAAGGAUUAUUAGCAAGAGAUCAACAGAACAGUUCUCUAGCAUACCUUAUGUAAUAGCUCUGCUCAAUUGCUUGCUCUCAGUUUGGUACAGUUUACCUUUUGUGUCACCAGACAACCUGCUGGUAACUAUCGUCAAUUCCAUAGGCGCUGGCCUGGAGGCAACCUAUGUGUUGAUUUUCCUCAUAUUUGCCCCCAAGAAAGAGAAGGCCAAAAUUUGUGGAUACCUCUUUGUGGUCUUUUCCAUCGUCUCAUGCGUGGCCUUGAUUUCCCUGUUGGCAUUUCAUGGCAAUAAAAGGAAGCUGCUUUGCGGCUUUGCUUUUACAACUUCUUGUAUUAUGAUGUAUGGUUCUCCUCUCUCUGUAAUGAGGCUGGUAAUCAAAUCUAAAAGCGUUGAGUACAUGCCAUUCUUCUUGUCACUAGCUGUUUUCAUCUGCAGUAUCUCAUGGUUCAUCUUCGCCCUGCUCGGAAAGGACCCUUUCAUUUUGGUACCAAAUGUCAUUGGAACUUUGUUAGGAGCAGUGCAGUUAAUUUUAUACGGAAUUUAUCGUGAUAACAGAGGGGUAGUCAAGAAAGAUGAAAUGAACGAAUCUAUAGAGACGAGGACUGGAGAACUCCAAGACAAGAAGCUAGCUUACAACGAAGACGCGUGAGAAUGGCAAUCCAGAAACUGGUACUCCAUUUGGAUCAAAAGUUAUGGUUGCUUGUUUUUCUACUGUAGAGGAACAUAUUCAACCACUUACCUUUAUUUCUCAGUAUGCUUUUUUAUAAAUUUAGUACAAUAUGGCCUUUCUAAAGGCAAAUUUCUAUGUUUUGAUUCAUUGUGUCUAUAUUGAAUCCUAAAUCAGCAGGCACUACCUGCUUUAUAAAUGUAGUACCAUAACUUUUCAGAA